AUGGGUUGUUUGGGCAACAGCAAGACUGAAGAUCAACGCAUCGACGAAAAGGCACAACGAGAGGCAAAUAAAAAAAUUGAAAAACAGUUGCAAAAAGAAAGACAAUCAUAUAACGCGACGCACAGGCUCUUAUUAUUGGGUAAGGUUUUAUUAAACGGAUAUGUGAUCUAAAUGUCAUUCGUUUACCCCAACACGUAUUUUGACAGCUUUCGCAAUAUGUCAUGGCGGUGGAUAUUGAUGGAAGCGAAGCCUAGCAAUUAGCUUCAUUUCGACAUCAUUCUUAUUCAUUUUGAACGGUAACAAUAUGACCCUUAUCGUUCCGUUAUCAGCAACAUUGUAACACUAUGUCCUGUUUGCCUCAUUCUGAAGGUGCUGGAGAGUCCGGGAAAAGCACUGUUGUGAAGCAGAUGAGGAUUCUUCACGUAAAUGGUUUUAACGCAGAGUGAGUACACGCAUCCACUGUUAUUGAAGGCCCUACCGAAUCUCCAUUUGAUACACAGGCCCAGAUAUAUAUACCUAUUUCGGAACAUAUUUUGUUAUAAUCAGGGUCUCCCUGGCUGUGAGUGAGACUGCCGAGAAUAGGCUUUAGAGAACUGAAUGGAUUUUCCUCAGGCACUGCAGCGCCUAGGCCCUGUCUGUUAGUGACCAACACACCAGGUACUGCCAGGCGGCUAGCGCUAGCAGAAGCAGUAUCACCUGGUUUCCCCAGAAGCAGCUUAAGGCUAAUGGAUCUAACGAUGAACUCAGCCUUAAGAUGCUUCUGGGGAAACCAGAACUUUAGGUUCUUGGACAGGACCUAGAGCCGGAGUGGGUCUACGCUGCCUUCGUAGUGGGAUCUUUAGGUUCUUGGACGAGGACUAUUGUGAUGUUGUUGUUAUCUUGUUGGUCACGGUCUCCUCACGGCUGUGUUCUGUCCUCCUUCACCAGAGAAAAGAAACAGAAAAUCCAAGAUAUUCGGAAAAACGUAAAGGAUGCCAUAGUGGUGAGUAGGCUAGCAUUAAUCUGUGUCCUGUUUUAAAUAGAUUGGUGGUUUACCGGGUUAUUCUGUCCGUCCCAAAUGGCACCCUAUUCCCUAUAUAGUGCACUACUUUUGACCAGGGCCCAGGGCACUAGGCCUAUACAGGGAAUAGGGUGGCAUUUGGCAUGCAUCCUCAGUGUUCGAUGGAACACCCCAAUCCUAUUUCCCUUAAUAGAUAGGCUUAUGAUCUCAUUUAGCCUGUAUUUAGCCUGUAUUUAGCCUGUAUUUAGCCUGUAUUUAGCCUGUAUUUAUCCAGCUUAACGCCGCUGGGUGUGUUUCUCCCCUCCUCUUUCUAGACCAUAGUGUCAGCGAUGAGCACCUUGAUACCCCCGGUCACUCUAGCCAACCCUGAAGACCAGUUCAGAAUCGAGUACAUCAAAAGCAUAGCUCCUCUCUCGGACGUUGACUACACACAGGUAAGAUGGCUGUUUUAG